AUGCUUAUGUACCCACGUAAGGGUCUCAUCACCGAUCCGUACAACUCAGAAGACAUCAUCAUACAAGACGAUCAAUACCCGCCAGAGCUGGCCGAGAACUCUCUGCAGUACCAACAGUCGUGCUUGCAACCACCAUUUCAAUACCAGCCUCAGUUCGCCUCCCCGCCUUCUUCCGCGCCUUCCUCGCCCACCUUCUCUUCGCCGACCUUCUCCAUCCCCUACCAUCCUACGACGGCCGACAGCCAGUCUUUCGGGGCUCCUUCGAUGACCCCGGCUUCCUCCUACAACCCGUCUUUUGACAUCCAAGGCGCCGACUCGCCUUCACAACAAUACUACUCACAAUACCCACAAUACUAUACGUCCAUGUUGGCCUCACAGCCCAUCGCCGCCGGCAACCAGGGUUGGGACAGCAACCUGCAGCUGCUGAGCCCGGCGCGCAUGCCAUUCCCACAGAAGGCCUCGCCCAGCUCAGCAUCCUCACGGUCUGCGCCUUCGGGGCAGCCCAUCUCACCAAACCACACCCACCGCCGAUCGAACAGCUCGUCCAAGCCGCUGCCGACUCCCGUGCAAACACCCGUCCAGAACUCCUUUCUGGCAGCCCCCUUCCAGAACUACGACCCAUCGACCCACGAUGGUAGUACCUUUGAAGCCGAGUCUGCGAUGAGAAAGGCGAUCCUGGACCAGCAGCAGAAGCACCACUCAUCACCCCCGCAGCAACAGCAGAGCGAAUACUCGCACUCGCUGGCGCCCUCGGUCUCGACCGUGAGUCACAACUCUCCGGUGACUCCCCAGACCAACCUCGACGAAUUUGACGAGUCGAAGGCGAUGCCCAAUGGUGAGACCCGAUAUCCUGAUUUUGACCAGUGGAUGAAUGAUUACUUACAAUUCGACCAACUUCCAGAAUACCCCAACAACGGUGCCAUGCCGAUUGGAAUUCCUAAGCUGGACCGAACUAUCUCCGACAUCUACCAGGACGAGCUUUACAACCCUACCGUCAUGGCCGCCCCGAUGAGCAAGCCGAUGGGCCAGAACAUGAUGGCUCAGCGCAACACGAUCGCCGAUCGGUUGCAGGCUGCUAACCAGGGCCACAUGUCUGCCCGCUCCGGAUCUCCCGCCAUGAGCAUGAAGCGUGAGCGAUCGCCCUUCCGCACCAGCUCGCCAUUCGCCGGCGACCUGAACCCAUCGACUUUGCAGUCGCAGAUGGCGACCAGCGUCCCCAUGAGUCAGAACGGCAUGAGCUUGGCUCCUCAGACCCAGACCGAUCUCAAGACCAUGUCCCCCAAGGAUGCGGUCUUGGAUUUCAAUGAAGGCGAGGAUGCCGCGAUGGCACCCUUGUUCCCACCGCAGCAGGCCGACUUUAACCUGGGCGAUGCUCUGGGGUUGCGACGAGACAGUGGCUCGAUGCGGUCCACGCAGCCCAUAACUUCGAUGGAGGCAUUUCCCAGCCAGUACGCUGCGGUUUCCCAGCCCCCGUUCUCGUUCGCCAUGCAGACCCAGCGCCCGGCGCAAAAUAUUCUGCAGCAGGCGCCCGAGUAUUCAGGGCUCCCUCGUCUGGAAUCGAAUGGCAGCGACAUGCACUCGUCCGCAGACCUGACCCCGCAGGCGCAGCCCAAGCUGCCAGUCUCGGAUACAAUUAGUCGCCCGAGCAACACUACUUCGGAUGCGGGCACCUACACCUGUACCUAUCACGGCUGCACCCUCCGAUUCGAGUCCCCAACCAAGCUUCAGCGACACAAGCGCGAGGCACACCGUCAGACUACGCCCGGCGGCCACUUGAUUACCCGCGAUACUUCGCUCCGCAAUUCGCAGGCGGGCCCCCACAAGUGCGAGCGCAUCAACCCGUCUACGGGCAAGCCUUGCAAUUCCAUCUUCUCGCGGCCCUACGAUUUGACCCGCCACGAGGAUACGAUCCACAAUGCCCGCAAGCUCAAGGUGCGCUGCCAUCUGUGCACUGAGGAGAAGACCUUCAGCCGCAAUGAUGCUCUCACCCGGCACAUGCGCGUGGUCCACCCUGAGGUGGACUGGCCUGGCAAGCAGCGUCGCCGCGGCCGGGACUGA